GGUGUGUCCCUUGCUUCUGCUCUGUCUGGAUACACCGAGGAGUUGGCGCGCCCACCCCGGAGACUGAGAACAAAUCUGUCAAGUUGUCGAGGGGAUUGUUUCAGAACUACUGCUGUUGCAGGCUUUUACAGCAGGGAGAGCGAAGCCAAGACGAUAGGAAGCGGCUGGAAGUGACCCCCCCGGGGAGGACGACGACGAUGAUGUCGUUGAGGUGUCCAUACCAGGUUUUUCUAGCGGUUGUCUACUGCUGCUGCUGGUGCUCCGAGGCCAAGUUAUGGAGAGGCAGCGCAAGAUUGUCGGCGUCAAAGCCUUGGAUGGCUCUAACUUCGUUCGCUUUCGACAUUGGCACCGGCAGGAUCGAUGUGACCUUCCCGCAAGGAAGUCUGGGAGGCGUGCCGGAGGGCACGAAGAUGAUCGCUAUCCUAGACGAGGAUUGGCCAGAGUUCCUAGCGGAAGAGAGGUGCAUGGUGCGGGAUCGGCUCAAUCGCUGGCUAGUACCAUUGGAACCGGAGGCAACCAGGGAGAGCGAUGCCGUGUUUGGAACCACGAUCAGACAGAAUAUCCGACCGCACAACUGGUACCUGGUGGUGUCUCACUGCAAUGCACGAGGCAGCCCUCCGAAGCGCACGAGAAUAGAGAUGUCAGCCUCCUUUACACAGCAAGGGGGCUCCCACAUCUCAUACGAGGACAAGCUAACCACGAAGGUUAUCCCCUUGAUGCUCAUGGCAUUCACGGCAGCGGCCGCCAUCAUCGGGAACCUGUUCGUGAAGCGUAGGAGGGAAGGCGGGGGGAUUCACCCUACCCUGCAGUUCAUGCUCGCGGCGCUCGGCGUGCAUUGGGUGUUUCUGCUCGUGCACACCUUGCACCUGAGGUCCUUCGCGGCCAAUGGGACUGGGUAUGUUUUGCUGGAUGUGGGGGGGGAGGUGCUCCACUGGGGCGGGCAGCUGUUGGUGUCCUACGUGCUGGUCGGACUGGCGUACGGGUGGACGCUCUCUUCGAGAGCGGUGCAGAAGUACGUCCCUGAUGAUAAGAGCAUCGUGUAUCUGUUGGCUGGGUGCCUGGGAUUCCUGCAUCUCAUGUUCGUCAUCCUCGGGAGGAUGAGCGAUGACCACCACGCGAAGUCCCACUCCCUGGACUCCGCGCCGGCUUAUUUCCUGGUGCUCGUGCGCCUUGCCCUGUUGGGCGUUUUCCUGUUGGGGGCCUUGAAAACCUUCGAGGCCGAGCAGAACUCCGUUAGGAGGGGUUUCAUCGGCCGCCUGGUGGUGCUGGGCAGCCUGUGGUUCGCGGCGAUGCCGGUGCUGGUGCUCGUGGCGAUGAUCUGCGCGGAGUACGUACAGGAACCGGUGGUUACAGUGGGAAGCUUGCUGGCGCAGUCGCUUGGCCUGUCGGUGCUGUCGUGGUUGUUCCUCACUCGAAACGAGUACUACAAGAUGUCCAGCCUAGCCCUCACAGGGAUGCUCCCGACCAACAAUUUCAGGAUGGACUGAUUCAGGCUGGCUCGCUUCUCCCCUCCACCUAGAGGGCACGUUGCUGUUGUGACGUGGAUUGUUCCGUGUGAGAUGUACGCGAAAGAGAGGAGGGGGCAAAGGGGUCCCAAGCGGGGAAAAUCGUGAAAACAGAGAGAGGGGUGGCAAGGGAAGGAAUUAUUUCCAAAUUCUGCGAUAUUUUGUUGUAGUGUUUGUGGCGCCGAAUCUGCGUUGCCCGGGGUGUAGUCCGAACUCCGAACUGGAGCGAGCGAAUACUUACAUCGAGCUCAGCUCACGAAGGUAGGCUGGGGAGGGCUUGAGGGCUGGAGAAGCUCAAUGUGGCUCCAGCCAAAGCUCGAGGCAGUCUUGAAGGAGUCUUAAAAUGUUUGUCGCUUCGAGCUACGCACAACAGUGGCCAAAGACAACCAAUUGUCCUUUGUUUCCGCUCUGGUCGUCUUGGUGCCACUGGAGCCAGGGUCUGUGCUCACGCGCCAACCAGGAGUAAGUUUGCGAAGGAGACGAACAAUAAACAGGCAUUGUGGUGGUUCGGUAUUUCACUUUUGCGGUCUCUGUUCUCUGGAGUUACGCACCAGGUAGUCGAGUACCGCUGCCUUCGCCGAAGAGAAAUCGGCCAGUCACUUGCGGCAGUAUGCGGUGCCAUCUUAGAGUGAUCAGUGCGCAUGAUCGCCGGGGUAAGUAUGCGGAUGCAGAUGGAUCGUGAUUUUUGUAAUUACUCAUGUGUAGCUAUGUGGCAUCAGACG